CUGAGCCUCAAAUGGAUGAAUCGCAAUCAGAAGCAGAUAUGGAUAAAAGAACAUAACCCAAAGUCUGCUGCAGAAGCUGCACAGUUGGCUGACGUGUUUGUGGCCGCACGGAAAAAGGGACAACCAUGGAGUCAAAUAGCAUGGAAAAUGAGGGAGGUUUCAAAACCUGUUCCCCACUACCAAAAGGUAGGGGAGAGUAAACCUGUAAAGACCCAGCCAUUGAAUGCACCAUCAAGAGCCCCAACUAAGACAGUGAUUUGUUAUCUGUGUGGGAUGGAAGGGCACACAAAACCAAUGUGCCCGAAAAACUCUACAAAGAUAACACAAAUGUGUUUUGUGCCGAGGAAAAGUGUGGACUCUAAAGUGCUGUUUGGCUUGAGGACGACCUUAAUUGAAGUUGAGGGUAAGCAAUUAAAGGCCCUCAUUGAUUCAGGAAGUACACAAACCCUGGUACACAGAGACUUUGUCCCAGCAAAUAAAGUUAAUGUGGAAACAAUUCCUGUCUGCUGUGUCCACGGACAUGAGUUAUUGUAUCCAACAGCAGAGCUGUAUAUUAAAGUACAAGGCCAACUUUACCUUUUAAAUAUUGGUGUGGCUGAGAACUUGCCAUUUCCAGUAGUUUUGGGUCAAGAUCUGCAAGUGUUGCGUGAUUUAUUGACCUCUAACAAUAUGUGCAAUGUGGCAUUAACCAGAUCUCAGGCUAGUAAAAGGGAGGAGUCUCUGCAACCACUCUGUGCCUUGCCUUUUUAUGAUGCGGACCUGGAGACCACGACCGGGAAGUCUCGCAAGUCCCGCAAACGGCGACAGCAAGAGAAAUUUCAACACACUGUUGUAGAACCAUCUUCUAGCUCUAAGCCUGAGUGCAAGGACAAUUGCAUCGCGGACUGUCUCUCUCGCUGUCCCAGCAAGAGAUUUGAAGAGGGGGAGUGUGUGAUGGCUGCAACUACAGCCACACAAAUGCGGUAAUAUUUAAUCACACAAUAGUCAUCUCGGUGCUGGCUGCUCCAGUCCUUCAGGAGAACAGAGGUGGAGAAGGGGUGGAGCCAGCCUAUUGAAACUGCAAAUUGGUUUACACCACUACUCAUCAGCAAGAGGGGGGGAAUGGGAUUUUCCUUUGUUAGUUAUAGUUAGGUUUUUGUGUGUUUCCCCCUUUGUGUCUUCUAUGUGGCCUGAUCAGCCAGUAUUUAAGUUUCCCCUUUUGUCUCAUUUCAGUAGGUCUGUUUGUUUCAGUAGGUCUGUUUGUUAGCCUGAGUUGAAUUUUGUUACUUUGACCUCUUUUAUGG